AUUUUCAUGAUUUUUGCUUGAUUGAUUUGAUCGAUUAAAAAUGAAAUAACUGAAGAUUUACUUGAUUUUAAAUUUAAAUAAAAUGUAUAAUUAGUUAAUCAGUUUUCAUGGUGAAGGCAAUAAAAAAUUCAUUUUUAUAUAGGAUUCCCAAACUGUCUCAAGCAUGUCUAUAGUCCGGACAUGUUCAGGACUUUACUGUGGACGUACGGAACUCGAGGAUGGCUCGUGGAGUGACUGCGGCGCUUGUCCUCGAGGAUUUCGCACUAACGCCACUAGUUACUGUGUAGAAUGUUCCGAGGAACCGACUCUAUAUGAUUGGCAAUAUCUUGGCUUUAUGGUGUUGUUGCCACUGGUUCUACACUUAUUCUUCAUUGAUAUGGUUGCAGCAGGGAACAGAAAUUCCACAAUAGUAGCCCAACUGGUCUGUGCAUUUGUAGAGGUGGUGACUGGAACUCUAGCUGCAUUGAUAGUUUUGCCUCCAUCGGGUUCAAUUGACCUACAUGUGUGCUCGCCUAAGGCCUUAUCUGACUGGUACACUCUUCUGCACAACCCACAGCCAGAUUACAGAGAGACACUGCAUUGCACGCAAGAAGCUGUGUAUCCAUUGUACACAAUAGUUCUUCUAAUAUAUGCAUUUGGUCUUCUAAUGACGGUUACAUUAAGGCCCCUCCUGCUGGCCUGGUACAAAUCUAAUACAGGCAAGAAAGCAAUAUACUGUGCCUUGUAUUUCUAUCCUAUACUUGUACUUAUACACACAGUUGCUGCAGGAUUAAUAUAUUUUUCAUUUCCGUACAUAAUCAUAAUUAUAUCGAUGAUGACGUCAGCAUCGCAUUUCUCUAUCAAAAUAGAUCAGUCAGCUCCAGCCUUGCUAUCAGCUUCGCUUACAAACGUACGGAAUUUGAUCAUACUUAUCGGCCAUUGGAUAAUUCAUGCAUACGGCAUCAUAUCUUUGACUGGAUUCAAGGAAUUAUGGUAUCUGACUUUAGUACCAGCCCCAGCACUAUUUUAUAUACUCACGGCACAAUUCACAGAUCCUAUGAAGAUUCAUAAUGAUUGACUAACUGGAUGCCCAAUAGUGAAGUUGGUUUUGAUUUGACAUUAUGGAGUCAUAGUGGGACAGGAAGGUGAAAUAGAAUAUUUAGAUAAGAAGAGAAAGAUUUUAACUUAUUAAAUGUUAUUUAAUGACUUUUCGUUUUA